AUGCCAUUCGUAUCCCUUGGAGGUUGGCUCACGCUCGUCGGGAUGCCUCAGCCGAAAGUGCGUCCCAAGCGCGCGGAUCCUGGGGAGGAAGAAUACAUCGGCGAGGAUGCCUCAGGUGUCUCUGAUCACGAGCUUGCCGUGGACCAGGACGAGUUGGAUGCCGACAUGCACGACCUCCACGAUACAAAUGAGACUGAUGAAGCGAUUCUGGACGAUGAGAGCGUAGCUUCAGAUGAUUCAGAAGCUGUGGAAGUUGACGACAGCGAGGAUGUCGUAGCAGAGUUGGGUCCGGAAGAUGCAUUAGCCGAGGAGAAGAUGCUCAACGAUGUGGCUGCAACUGAUGGGUACAAGGAAAAUCUUGCCAAGCGCAGGGGAAGGUACUGCACUAUAUUCAGGCGUGCAACUGCCAGCGCUGCUGAUAAGAACCAGCCCACGAUUCCUGUCGAAGACCCGGACACCUCGUACGGCGGUGCUAUGGAUGUGAAGCCAUGCAAGAAUGGACUUUGGUUUAAGGUCAAGGGCAAGAAGGAUAACAAAAUGCGAUUGCGUCGUAUCAAAGAUGUGGCUAUUCCGAAAUGGGGCAUCAACCACGAGUGCGACUGCGAUCAGUGCAAGAAGCAGGUCGAGUUCAAGAAUCAUUGCGCCGGAUAUACUGGCAAGCCAUCUGGUAUGACGCGCUCCAACAAGACCUUCAAACCUAACGUCGGAUACACGCUGGGAUCAGGUGCUUGA